CUCUGUUCCAGAGGGAUUCUGGGUCCCACCAAGCACUGCGCAGCGUGAGGCAACGUCUGAGGCGAGGCGAAGACUGAGGAGCCAUGCCGGGUGUAGGCUUUAGGGCAGGAGAGGCUGAAGGCCAAGGCGACCCUGAUGGUGCAGGCGAGGCGGGUGCAGCUGCUGUUGGCACUCCACAGGCUGGAGGGGAAGCCCCCAUUUCAGGGCCCAGUGGACAGGCCUCACAGGUGGCUCAAGGCCCAAGAAUCCGCAUGGUCCGGAUAUUUCACUUUGUGCUCACCAUGCAGUUCCGGAGUCCUGAGGAAGCGGAAAUGGCACGCAGAUCCCUGGCCGCCCAGGCUGUCGCAGGCCCAGUUCGGAAGGAGUUCUCCGUGUCCCGCAACGUGCUGACUGUCCGACUGGUUUCACAAAACCUGGGGCGACUCCAGAUGUGUGCCUUCUCCUGUGUCCAGCAGCUUUCCCAGUUGGUGCAGAUCCUCCGGCGCUUCUUGGUCCCGUUUCUUGCCAAGCCUCAUCUGGGAAAGGACUCUCGGCCAACCUAGAGUCUCUUCCUUGGUCCUGAGCCUGUUCUGGGGGGAGACUGGCUCCCAGUACUCACCGCUCCUUUCUGGGGCCCUAAUUGUUGCCUGUUUGUUCUGGAGGGCCCGCAGCCUGGUAAUUUCCCUAUUGCUGGAGGAGGGGCUGCUUUAAUAUUUGUUAUCGUAGAAAAUAAAG